CAGGCUAGCUAGUGCAGUGAUUGACGUUAUCACGAUGUGGCUAUAGUUGAAUUCUUGUAGACAUGGAAUAUCACAUUAAUUUCAUAAGUUAUUAGGGAGUAGAGUAAAUCAGUAACACUGGUGUUGAUAACUGUCUCUUCCAGUUCCGGUUUUAGCGAGAAACGUGUUCUGUGACGUAAAUAUUUUUUUGGAGUUCCCCAUACAUCCCGACUACAGCCUAUUGAUUCCCUCGUGAGUUCUGGCACUCCCAUCAUUAUUUUUUGGUGAUGCUGGGGUUUGUAUCUGGAACAUGCUACUUGAUGUUUGUCUGAAGAAGUUACCUGAAUUACAUACAGUGGGACGAAUUAAAAUCAACAACACCGUGAAAGUGUAAAUGUGACUCGUGGAAAGAAAAUUUGCAUUUAACUGGUGCCGUCGACAAAUUAUGUCCUAUAGACCCUGGAUGAUGCCGUGGACACAUUAUGUCCUAUAUACCAAGAUGUCGUCGUUGACACAUCUGCUAUAAACCCGGUUGUUUCCGUCGACGCAUUAUGUCCUAUAGACUCGAUCAUGCAGUUGACACAUUAUGAUGUCCUAUAGACCCGAAUGUUAUGUCAUUGAGAUGGUAUUCAUCUGCACUUGUAAACACCACAGAAAAUCUAUAGGACAGUCUUAACAAUUCUGAAGACGCUGAUAAAAGAAGGAACUCUACCCUGCAUAAAGAGAUAGGGAACACGAUGAAUUGACGGAUGUCGAAAAUUUGAUGCGACAAUAUAUCACACGGCAGAUAAGAAUAAGACACGACAAAUGACGACUUGAAAGAGAAAAGUAUACGAUGAAGGAAAUCAAUGCCAUUUGAGAAAUAGGAUGGAACUUUUGUCUUGGAGUAAGUCCAAGGCACCAUGCGAGUCGGAAAUCAUGCAAACAAAGCUGCGGGAUAUGAACACGAGGCCAUAGAAACUAAAGUAUGAAUGAUAUCGAGCGGCGUAUCCUUAGGAAACACCAUACCGACUUGCUCAAAACAUUGGAUACAACGUUUAUGAUCCCUUUCCUGUUUGAAAGAGAAAUAGUAUUCGAGGAAAAUUAUCUUGAUGAUAUACCAUGCCGACCAGAACGCGUCAAGAAACUGCUAUUAUUUUUGAAGGACAAUUGUUCUUUUGAAUUAUUUGUUGAAUGUCUUAGGCACGAUGACAGCUACCCAUUUUUAGCUGAUGACUUGGAAAAGGAGCUUUCACAAGCGGACAAGCUAAACGAUGGUAUUCAGCAACAAAGAAAGAUAGACCUUUUUACGGAGCGAAGGAAACAGGUUGGAGAAUUUCGGCAUAAAAUGAAACGAUGUUCGCACGAAAAGGAUUUUGCAACAUUCCAGAAACACUACGAAAAGGCCAUUAAUGACUGGAAUCAUAUAAAUCGCAACAGGACGAGAUACAAUGACCAGCAACGACAACGAGCAGCCGACUUUUGUCACGCCGCUUAUGAUGCGGAAAUUGAACGGCGGCGAGUAUUUUAUGAAAAAAUAAAUUUAGAAGGCGACAUACUGGACAAGGUACAACUGAUGUCAGCUCACACAUCUUGUCCCACAGCGCCUGAUGUACUAUAUUUAGCGCGGUACUCCUCCGCUCUAGUGAUGGCAGGGGGAACGUUAGAAGACGGUCUUACUUAUAUAGAGGACGCUGAACACAAGAUGGAACUCCUUCCGGCAUGUAGAGAGACAGGACUUGUGCUUUACAUCAAGUUUAAUUUUUUAUUGCUGAGACAUGAACGCGACAGAACGAGCAUUGACAAAAACGAACUGUCGAAACUGGGAAACAGUGUUAUCACACAUUUCAGCACAGAAUCAGACACCGUCAGUAAUGACUUUAAGAGGAUAUUUCUGCUGAAGAAGGCACAUAUGUGGCUUGAUAUGGGUGUGUUUCUUAAUGUUAUCGGCGAAGGCCAGGUCACAGAAUCCGACAUACAAGAGACGGAAAAACUAUUAAAAGAGAUAUACCGCCCCUUUUUGUGGGAAAGGAUGGAACUUCGGGCUAAGAUGGUGUAUUACGCCGUUAGGUCUCGGUUAGAAUAUGUGAAAGACAACACAAAUUACAGUGAAGCCAUCAAACUCGCCAUCAAAGCUUUACGGUAUGCCAAAGAAGGAGGAUUUCCAAAGGAGCAAAAAGCUAUAGAAUACAACUCAGAUUUGUUGCGUAAACAUCAUAGCAGUACUGCUUAGGUACACAGGAAUGAUUGGAGAUAAUUCCUCAUUUAAUAUGAUCAGUUAUCUUUGUAUUCUUGUCUAAUGCUCAAAAAUGAACAUUUAUCAAUCACUAUUUAUGCAUUUAUUUGUGUUUGACUAUAGAAUCAUACAAGCACGUCCCAGGCAUUACAACAGGUUUCGGCCAGUUUCCGGAAUACAGGUUAAUGGCCUUUUUCCUUAGCCAGAUUCCCAGGACAUUUUGGAUCAGAAAACUCAUAUCUGACCUUACGCGGUGUGUUAGAGGAUGCAACAAAGUAAUACUGACCUAAGUUCCUGUGCCUCAUCAAAGGGUGAGCACCAUGAACGUAGAACAAGAGAUAAUUGUACGCCGAGACCAGACUCGUCGUGGCACGACUUACCCGGCGACCAAACCCUGUAGGAGGACACUUUAUGAUCAUUUGAGGGAAGGUUUCAUGGCUGUCCUAAUAUGAUCACCUUUUGUCCGGCUAGAGGGUAUAGGGUAUGACUGACAUCAGCAAGACUUAACUAUUUGUCUAGGCACUUAUUGUAGGCAUAAUUAGAUUCCAUGUACAAUACUGUGUGCAGUUUAUAUUUACAUUACACGUACAAUGCAAUCCGUGUUAUGUAUGACAUGUUAAGAACAACAAUAGUAACUCCGGAGACCAUUAAGACCAUUAGUCCUCUUUUUACUUUAAGAAAUCUUUUCAUAAGAGAAUACAGCCAAAUCAGAUAAUGGAAUUAAAUGGCCACAACCUCAUUUAUGUCAAAUUUUACGACCUUAGAACAUCAUGGGCAGUCAAACAAAAUUGUCCCUUUAGCAAUUUUGGCCAAACAUUAGUACAAGUAUCAUUAUCACAUGUACACGCAAAAACAAGGUCCUUGUUGAAUAUCUACUCGAAGGUACCGGACCACAGAAUUUGUAUGUAUUUAUGCUAUCUCUUAUGGCCAGACAGUACAUAACAUAUCCAACCAUGACAACCAUAAUCAUCAAUCCUACUACUAACUCAAAGGGAUCCACUUGACAACUUAUAUUAAGGAUUCGGUUACUAUAGAUAAAAUAAUAUAGAUUUCCUGCCACAAACACAUAGUGACACCUACAUGGUGAGUUCUGAAGUGCGUGACAUUCAUUCAAUCUUUCUAUCAAGUUAGAGAUUGUUAAUUCUUACCAUUAGCAAUAUUUAUAGUUAUAUUUGACGUGAAAACUUCCAGCAGAAUCUACUUAUUCAAAACUGACAUCCUAUGACUAUGUACACUAUUGUUUUAACAGAUUUUUGAGGAAAUACUGACCUGUCGAACCCCAACAAAAUUCACUAAAAUUGAAAUUGUAAUCUUUUGGCUUCUAAAUGACACCUUUACCGGUUCUCCAUUUUCCUGGAAUUUUCACCAAAUGUUCUUGAGAUAAAGGGCCAAAUAGUAUAUAAAAAAUUUUGGUGCACUUAAACUGGAAGUACAUGCUUUCAGUUCAAUUGCUAAUAUACGCUAUGAUUUUACUACUUUUUUUCCAGAUGAAAAACUGAACAUUGUUACACUCUAUGGUUACGACACUUAAUGUGUCGUAGCAUUGGCUCAAUGGACCUUUUGAACUUUUUAAUCUUAUUUCAUAGGUAGUCACUCAAUGUGCUACAAAUACCACUCACUUUUAGUAAAUUUAGUGCGUGGGCAAACUUUCAUUGUUCCUGAAAAAUCCAAAGUUUGUUGUGUGUGUUAUUCUGCAAAAUGUUGCAUAGUGGGAGUUACCUCCCUUGAAUUGUUUUUUGGCGAGAAGAUCGAUACACAAAGAGUAGAACAAAGAGUCUUUGUGAUAAUUUAUUUGUUUUUCCUCAUUUAUGUAUGAAUGACAACGAACGCUGUAUUCUUAGAGAACACCAUAACAUGUUAUUUGAAGGCGCUGAAUACAAAGUAUUUAACUGCAUUCUUCUAUGAAUGAUAUACCAUGUUGACCACAAGUCAAUAAACUGCUGUUAUUUCUUAUGGAUAAA